UUGGAUGGUUACCCCACACUAGAUUUCUCUGGCAAGUGCACGAUGCCCAUCUCUAUAUUAAUAAAAGAAAAACGCGAAAACACAUAGAGAAAAGAAAAAUAAAUACAUACAUAUGUCUACUGCGAAAGUCUUCGUUGGCAGCCUGCCGUCUGGCUGCAAACCGGACGAGCUCAGACGCCUCUUUUCAAACUAUGGAGCUGUCGUUGAGGCAGAUGUUAUGAAUCGAUGUGGAUUCGUGCAUCUAGAGACUUCCGACAUGGCCGAUGCGGCCAUAGCCGCCCUCAAUGGAACACUUUUCAAAGGAGUUUCAAUUGUGGUUGAGGCCGGCAGGCCAAAAGAAAGAAGCAGAAAUGGAGCCGGCAGUCGUGUCCCGCCAAGUGUCGGCGGUGGUGGCGGCUCAGGGCGCCGAUCGCUGGAGGGUCAGAGUGGUGGCUCGAACAAUAGGCGCGAUGGCGGUGGUAGCGCAGGCGGUAGAUACGGCAGUGAAGGUGGUUUCAACUCGAAUGGCAGUCAGUUUGGGCCUAUUAGGAAUGAGACAAAUUUCAGACAGCAGCGCAAUGCGCCAUACAGCAAGGGACCACCACAGCAGCAGGCGUCGAACGAGUCUCCUCAGGGUUAUAGGAACAAAUUCAGUGUAGGAAGUAAUGGGGGCAGAAACGGUGACGAUGGCGGUCGCCGAUUUCAACACAGGGACAAUAGUGACGGCGCAGGGUCUAGCAAUGCGAAUAGAGGUGCUCCCCAGGGGCCCAGGAGGAACCUCAAAAACAGUCCAUCGAAUAACAAUAAUGAUUUUCUUGCCGGAAACUCCAGCUUUAACAAUCCGAGGGGGGUAAGACAAGAUCGUCGUGGCUUCGCUUUGCCGGUGGAGCAGCAACAGAUGACCUUUGGUGUGCAGCAGAAUCGCUUUCGCAAUGGCAGCAACAGCGGCAGCGGCAAUCGCCACAGUUCCGGAGUCAACGGUGCUGAUCCGCAAGGUAGACGUGGCAGCUACAAUGACCGCGGUGGAUUUAAUGCCAGACGUGGUGCCGCCAACAAUGAGCACAAUAGGCCACAGCGUCAAGGAGGCGCCGGCAACAAGCCGGGACACGAUCAGAGCGGCGGCUUGCAUGGAUCAUAUCAAACAGAGUUUCCUCCACUGGGCAGGCACGAAGGCGGCCGUGGGGGAGGGGCCGUACAUCGGAACCGUUUCAACGGGCCCAGACCGGGACCAAAUAAUAUGGGCGGAAAUAGAAGAUUUUGAAGUGCUGCUUCGCAAAUGCUUCGGCAACUCAAAUGAAUAUUGUAAUAGCCAAUUUUUCUUUUCCAUUGUCUCGCGCGCCCGCCCCCUCUCACAAUUAAUUUAAGCAUAAUAGUUUAUUUUGGUUUUUCUCAUUCGCCCCGAUGCAGUACUUUUAAGACCACAUCAAACAGUAUAUGUAUUUGUUAUCUGUAGCUAAGAUUGUUACAAUAUUUACCGCAAUACUUAAAUAAUCGUAUAAAUUAUGUGCAACUAGAUACGACGAGUCAAUCAAUACAAUCAAUCACAAAUACCA